AAGGAAGUGACGCAACAACCCGGAUGUAGCCUGGGAAAAUGGCCGUGCAGGCUGUGCAUCUCCAGGGGGAUGCCUUCCUUGUCUGUGUGACCCACUCUCUGAGUACGGAGAGGGAGGAGGUCAUGGGUUUGUGUAUCGGGGAAGUGGACACACAGAAGGUUGUCCAUAUUUACUCUGUGAUCAUCCUGCGCCGCUCAGACAAGCGGAAGGACCGAGUGGAGAUUUCGCCUGAGCAGCUGUCUGCCGCCACCAUAGAGGCAGACCGGCUGGCGGAGAUUACCGGGCGCCCUAUGCGAGUGGUUGGCUGGUACCAUUCCCACCCACAUAUUACUGUAUGGCCGUCACACGUGGAUGUGCGCACUCAGGCUAUGUAUCAAAUGAUGGACAGUGGGUUCGUGGGGUUGAUCUUUUCCUGCUUCAUCGAGGACAAGAAUACCAAAACCGGCCGGAUCCUCUACACCUGCUUCCAGUCACUGCAGGCACAGAAGGGCUCGGAGUAUGAGAGGAUCGAGGUGCCGCUGCACGUUGUCCCUCAUGACACCAUUAGGAAGGUUUGUUUGGAAUCCGCUGUGGAACUUCCAAAAAUCCUAUGUCAGGAAGAGCAAGAUGCUUACCGCAGGAUACACAGCCUGGGUCACCUGGAUUCCGUCACCAAGAUUCACAAUGGUUCAGUUUUCACCAAAAAUCUAUGUGGACAGAUGUCAGCAAUCAGUGGUCCCCUUUUGCAGUGGCUGGAGGAUCGCCUGCAGCAGAACCGACAGCGUGUUCAGGAACUGGAGACUGAAAAAAAGGAGCUGAUGCAGGAGUUGGAAAGCCUUGCCUGAACACCCGGAGAGCGUGUGAGGUCGCACGGGGAAGAUGAAGAGCACUGGUAGUGCAGGGGUAGGUAAACUUAGGCACUGCAGUUGUGAACUACACCUCCCUUAAUGCUCUUACAGCCAUAAUAAUGCUGGCAAAGCAUCAAGGAACAUGUAGUCCACAACAUCUGGAGUGCCGAAAGUUGCCUACCCCUGGAGUAGUGUAUAGUAAUAUGAUAAUUUAUCAUGAACUGACUACUCUUUUUAUUGGCCUGUUUCAUUUUCAUGGAUUACAACUAGUAGUAAUGAUGAAUUUGCAAAAACUGAUUUCUAAAAUAUAUACUUGCUGUAGUUAUGAAAUUGAAGCAUUACAAAAUAAAUAACUCCAUGUUAAAUAGAAUAUUCGUUUGGCCCCAUGUUACUUUGUCUUCUUUUCAAUUAUAUAUGCACAAAGAAAUUGAGGCACCAGGGGACAGAAUUUGAUCUAUUUUUCAAUGAGCGAAAUACAUUAAUUCUAGUCACCUAAUUUUAUGAAAUCUUUUUCUCUGGGCCAUAAGAUUAAUUUAAACAGUGUUGAAACUGGAUUCAUAAUUAAAGGGACUCCCCAGUUUUUCUGGCACUGCAGAACUCUGCAGUGCCCCUCUCCUAAUGUGCAUGCCCGGCCAUGGCUGCGCACGUGCAUUAGACCUCCCAUGGGAAAGCAUUCAAUGCUUUCCUAUGGGGAUUUCGGCGACGCUGGAGGUCCUCACAUGAGGACAUCCAGAGUUGUUUAAAACACUUUUCGUGUUCACAUGGAAGUCCCUCUAGUGGCUGUCUAAUAGACAGCUUCUAGAGGAGGACUUAACCCUGCAAGGUAAUUAUUGCAGUUUAUGGAAACUGCAAUAAUUACACUUGCAGGGUUAAAGGUUGUGGGAGUUGGCACCCAGACCACUCCAAUGGGCAGAAGUGGUCUGGGUGCCUGGAGUGUCCCUUAAGGACACGUGACAUGUCACGAUUCCCUUUUAUAAUGCAAAUGAAACAAGGCGGGCACACUCGACUAAACAACAAAAUAACCCCAGGAAAAGGCUAAUAUAAUGAAUACUGGGUGCUCACCCACAUAAGGCUCUAUCCCCUAAAGAACCCAAAAUACAUAAGUGUGAAUAGAGUAAGGAGCACAUUAUUCCCUUUUAUUCCAGAAGUUUGGUCCUUAAGGGGUUAAAGGGUUACUUCAACCAUAAAAACCACUACAGCCAGCUGUAUUGGUUUUGAUCUAAUGAGUACUUUGCCCUGUUUUCCAGCAGUCGGGCAAACCGUUUUGCAACCAUUUACCUUCUUACCUGGAACCCCAGGUGUAAAGAGUUCUCUGUGUGGUGACAAACAUCCAGGUGCUGCAGGAGCAGGAUGUCAAUCCCACUGACCAGUCAGCUGAUCACUCUCAGCAAAUGUUUGCAAAAAAAUAUGAAAUUAGCCACGCUGGAACUCUUUUUCUGGGCUGGCUAAUGAUGCCCCAAUGACGCUGCUAGAGGUGUAUUUGCACCAGCAAAGAUUUUAAAUUAUGUAUGUACAACAUUUCAUUGUGGAUUACUGCACUCCAAAUCAGUGAACUGGUCAUGGUGCUUGGAAUAACUCCUUUACAGUCAUGUAAAAGCCUAUCCUUGACAACAGCAUGAAAGCCUUUUAGACAUGCUGAGUUGCUGACCGAAAUAAGCCAAGCAUAUAGUGGGUUUAAAAAAAUAUAUAUAUAAAUAGUGUACUGGAAAUAUUUUAAAACAAAAAUGUUUUAUUUUUCCAUAAUUCUAGAGCUCUUUGAAGCAGAUGUAUAUUUAAAAAAUUUUGGUGAAAUAAAGGACUUCCACAAUUCAAAAC